GCGUAUGUAAGUGCACUACAGUUUGCAUAGUUUUCUAAAGCAAAUAUGGCUUCCUUCCAUGCCUUUUUGUUUGUAUCGUUUAUGUGGAGUAUAUCGGCAUUAGUGUUGCAUCAACACAAUAGCUGCGGGGGAACCUUUGGGGUCGGUGGAUUCCUGCGAUCCAUAGAACUGGUGCCAUGCGACAAGGAGCCGUGUGCCGUCUAUCCAGGCCACACGUACAACGCCACCAUUAGUUUCACUUCUCAAAUCAGCAGUCUGUUAGUCACUGAGACUUUUGACGUCAAGCUGGGAGACUUUCCUGUUUGGGAAGUGUUUCCGAUAGUCCCGCCCAAUCCCUGUGUUAGAGGACUGCAGUGCCCCAUAUUGGCAGGAACAACUUACACGUAUAACGCCAGUGUUACAACUCCAACGGACGCUACGGAGACACUGAACGUGACGGGAAGACUGGCACUUCGAGGCGACAGGGGCGAUAAGAUACUGUGCUUGGAGUUCCCGCUGAUUUUGAAUGAUCCAGCACGUGAUCCUAAUACAAUACUCGGCUAAAGAUAUAUCUAGUAUACUGUAUGUGUUGCUCCUAUGACAAUGUUCUCGUUCAAUGUAUGUAGUGUUUUGGUGCCAACGUAGGUUCUGUACCUUAACACCUAAACACAUUAUUUGAAUAAAUUGUCAAUGAAAUGCC